GUUAAAUGUUUGGUGGAUUUACACGUGUGUUUAUCUAUAUAAUAAUUGAUUAAUUGUAAUAAAAUGGAAAACAAUAAGAAAAAAAUAGAAUAUUUAGUAGUCGAUACUACUGCGUUUCUGCAAAAUGCUCCCCUUCAUCAAUAUGCGGAGAAUAUUUACACUUGUCAAGAAGUGGUUGAUGAAGUUACAAACAGGAGACAACGUCACCGUUUGCUCGUUCUACCUUAUGAUCUUAAAAUCAAAACAGUGUUUCCAGAAAGUAUUCAGGCAGUCAUGGAAUUCUCAAAGAAAACCGGAGAUUAUGCUAGUCUUUCUCUUACUGAUUUGAAAGUUAUGGCUUUAACUUAUCAAUUGGAAAAGGAACAUGUUGGAAUAAAUCACUUAAGAAAAGAACCAAUUCAUCAAAAAACUGUUCAAUAUGAUUAUAUAAAUAAAAAACCUACAGAUAUUCAUUGCAAUCUUCCUGGCUGGUUUUGUCCCAAGAGUGAUGAAGAAUCUGAAUGUGAAAGUGAUGAAGAUUCUGAACAUGAAAGAGAUGAAGAAUCUGAAGAUGAAGAGAGUGAUGAUGAGAAAAAAGAAUCAAUUGGAAAUGACGUAACUUCUUUAAGUGAAAAUUUGGAAUCCUUAAAUUGUCAAGAUGACAAUGAAAAUACAGAAGAAAGUGUAUUGAAAGAUAAAAAUGAUAAACAAGAAGAUAAUAAUGAUGAUAUAGAAGUGUUGAGAGAAAAAUUUGGAAAGGUAGACUAUGAGGCAAAUGAGAACACUUCUAAUCUAGUAGAUGCAGUUUUAGAAAAAGUAGAGGAUGGAUAUGAAGAAAUGGAUAAGGAUGGAUGGAUAACACCUGGAAACUGUAAACGAGCAAGGCAGAUGAUGUAUGAUACGGCUGGAGAUACAGAGGAUAAAGAAGUCAAAGUAGCUUGUAUGACUACCGAUUUUGCUAUGCAGAAUGUUCUGAAACAAAUUAAUUUGAAUGUUGCCGCAUUGAACGGAAGAGUUAUCAAGCAAGUUCGUACCUUCAUUUUGAGAUGUUACAUUUGCUUCAAGACUACUAGUAUAAUGACAAAAGUGUUUUGCCCAAAAUGUGGCAAUCAAUCUUUGAAGAAAGUUUCAGUUUCAGUUGAUGAAGAAGGGAAAAUGAUUAUUCAUAUUAAUGGCAGAAAAAGAAUAUCAAUGAAAGGAAAAAGAUUUAAUUUACCCAAAAUUAGAGGGGGUAAACAUCCCAAUAAUCCUAUUAUUGUGGAAGAUCAGCGAUUACCACAAAAUUUGCCCACAAAAUUAGCUAGGCAGAAAAACAAUCCUUUGAAUGAUGACUAUAUUGCAGGUUAUUCACCUUUUGUAAUGAGGGACGUCACAUCAAAAUCUGCACAGUUAGGAAUAAGAAGUGGAAAUCGUCAACAAAUGAAUCGUAGAAGGAAUGGUAAAAAACGAUGAUUGAACAAGUUAAACUCAUAUUGUCUCUCCUACUGGUCUGGAUAAGUCGUUGUGGACAAUAGGCCAGUUUUCGUUCAGCAGUCUGUUUGUUUCAAUACCUGAAAACAUAAUAAUUUUCUCCUUAGGGAUAAUAACUAUGUACAAAGAAGUGUUUUUCUCAUAAUAAAUUUGUUAAUUAAU